UGCAGCGCAGAUUCACUGGAGAUAUUUGGGAUCAUGCGAAGUGCACGCUGACCAGAGGAAAUAUGUUGACACUGCCAUUCGAUGAACCUCAUAUGAUGUGUGAACCGCGGCUUGGUGCCAAUUAUCCUCGUGAAAGCUUACCUGAGAGCCUGAAGCAGGAUCGACAGCGCAACCCAGACAGGUCCAACUCAGACAUGAGGGAGGCCGAGGACGACAUGUCCGACAGGGAGGAGGACGAGAGGGAGGACGACCAGGACGAGGACGGGCUUCCUAAAAAGCGAGGCCCACGGAAAAAGAAGCCCGGCAAAGAGCAGAUGGACAGGUCCAAACUACGGCGCCAGGAAGCCAACGCCCGAGAGCGCAGCAGGAUGCACGGCUUAAACGCCGCGCUGGAGAGCCUGCGCAAAGUUGUUCCGUGCUACUCCAAAACUCAAAAACUCUCCAAGAUUGAGACCCUCAGACUGGCUAAAAAUUACAUCUGGGCCCUGUCAGAGACUCUGAGCGCGGGGAAGAGACCGGACCUCCUCGCCUUCGUACAGACUUUGUGCAAAGGAUUAUCUCAGCCCACGACCAACUUGGUGGCCGGUUGUUUGCAGCUGAACGCGAGAAAUUUCCUCACAGACCACAACGGGGAGGUCAUGUUCUCUGGCAGAUCGCCCUACGAUGCCAUGUACUCGUACCCCGGCUCAGACAUGAACACGCCCCCCGGCCACAGCGGCAGCAGCUUGGACAGCAGCGCCAAACCGUUCCGACACUACAGCUACAGCGGCGCGUACGAGCCCUACUACGAGAACCCGUCCCCAGAGGGCGGGAGCCCGCAUUUCGACGGCCAGCUGAGCCCCCCGAUGAACUUUAACGGGAUUUUCUCCCUAAAACACGACGACCCACCAGACUACGGCAAAAGCAGCCACUAUGGCAUGCGCUACUGCAGUGCGCCAGGGCGCACGGCUCUUGCGCACAACUCCAUGUACCGAGUCUCCCCAGAGGCCCGUUUCCCUUACGACCUGCACGUCCGCAGCCAGUCCUUCCAAGCACAAGGGGAAGUUAAUGGCUCUUUCCACAAUUAAUCAAUUAGCUGGACAAAGUUCAAGUUUCAGAAGCGAUGCAAUUUCCCCCGCAGAUGUCCAGAGUGGAAGGAAAAGGACUCCAGACACGCUGCGAAAAUGCCCAUUUUAACAAGUCACUUUGUUUCAAAUGUUGAGUCUCAUUUUUCUUUGAAACGCGGUAAAAGCCCGAACAUUAGAUCUGAUGAUUUCACUUGUUCUCAAUUCU